CUACUCCCAGAAGCGAUCUGUUUGGGCGAGUCCUCGGUUUUCCUUUUGGAGGGGUUCCUUCGUUGUUUGCGAUGUCUGGACGUGGUAAGCAAGGGGGAAAGGCGCGCGCUAAGGCGAAAUCUCGGUCCUCGCGGGCCGGGCUGCAGUUCCCCGUGGGCCGCGUGCACCGCUUGCUCCGCAAGGGCAACUACGCCGAGCGGGUGGGCGCCGGCGCGCGCGUGUACCUGGCAGUCGUGCCCCUGUACCUGGAGGCCGUGCUGGAGUACCUGGAGGCCGUGCUGGAGUACCUGACGGCCGAUAUCCAGGAGCUGGCGGGCAACGCGGCGCGCGACAACAAGAAGGACCGAGAGCCACCACAAGGCCAAGUGAGGAGCGAGGAAGUGCUUCUCGCCUCCAGAGAGGGCGUGCAACCCCUCUGGUCUUGAAAGUGGUCUGACCUCAAAGGACAACCUGGGGAGGAACGGCGGCCAGUGUGUCCAGAACCCGCUUGAUGAGAAAUCCCAGAUGAAAUCAGGCCAGCAAGUUACAGAACCCACUUUAUAAUGUCCAUGGUACCCCACUGUGGUGUUCUCAAGCUGCACCGAUAUUCAAAAAUGAAUGUAGCGGUUCUCAGUAUGCAGAAGGGUCCUGGAAAAUAAAAGCCUGAAUAAGUCA